AUGCCGGGCCAUCACGGCGGACAACACCAUGGCUUGCACUUGGGUGAGCUCAUCAACGAGCUAAUUUCCUCCAUUGCACCUUUCUCGGGUCUGAUCUUGACCGUCACCUGCUGCGUCAUUGCUCUUAUCCGACUUUACAUUCUCGACCCUUUUAUUCCGAAAAUCUACUCUCGUGCGGCCCUCCGCGAUGUUUCAAAUGCACAAAUGCGCAGCUUCACGAAUCACCAUGUUGCAGCCGGCACCAAAAUUUUACUUGUCAUUCUGUGCGGUUAUCCUCUUCUCGCGAUCAUCUGUGGCAACGCGACGCCACAUACCCCCUAUGCCAAGGGUUCCUCCGUUACUCUUGGAGACAUGAUGAUUGUCUCCUCACAAAUAUUUACUGGCAUGUACAUCUUCGAACUCUUCUUCCGCGAGAAGGUCUCCGUCAUUAGUUGCGCCCAUCAUAUUGGUGCCAUUGUUAUUGCCCAAGCUGCGAUUGCAAUGAGCAUCAACUUCGGUCACGAAAGAGACGCAGUUUAUGAGUUUAUUCUGUGCUUUAUCUGGGGUGCAUUCGAUGUUAUUGCCGAGCUUUGGCCUCAUUUGGCCAUGAUUCUCUACCGAGUCCACCACGACAACCAUGCGCUACUGUCCAGAAUCUUCUACGCAACCGCGAUUUUGGAAGUUGUAGGAACUGUGACUGAAACCAUCAUUGUCAUGUUUCUCUUCGGCUCCCUCUGGGACAAGUGGUCUCUUUCUCUCAAAGUCACGACGCCCUUUCUACACACAUUGUUCUCAGCGGCGCAACUUUGGGGUGUCUGGAUUUUCUAUAAAAUGGGCAAGGACCAACAAAGAAAACUUAGGAAGAGCGAGGAGAUGCGUCCCUCCUCAGGCGACACUGCCGCCGAGACCGUGUAA